CCAAGGAAGAAAGUUUUUGCAGCAACACUACAGCAAAAGCAAAUAUCAUUCUGGUGGUGGUGUUUUUUUCCUCGAAUUUCACAGCAAUUUUUGCAUUUCGUCAGCAGUUUUUCAUCGCUCGGAUAAGAGUUCCUUCCGAAGCGCAUCUUCCGAAUAGUAACGACGCAUUCCUUCGCACCGUUCAGUGCCAAUCGGAACCGGAAGUGUGGAAACCCUACAACCAGCACAAAAGGGGGGCGUAUUUUUUUUGGAAGCCCUAAGUCGUGCUUGUGUGUCAUUGUUCGAUUUUUCCUUCCUCUGUCGAAAUCUAUCUUCUCCGUUUUGAGGAUUGAAGUGUGAUUGAUAAGAGAGAGAGUGCAAAAGAGGAAGCAUAACAAUCGUUCGUUGAUAACGAAAGAACACCAAAACACAGCCAUGGAGUACGAAAGUGUCGUGCUGGUGAAGCAGGAGGUGUUUGUGUACAAAAUCCCACCGAGACAGAGCAACCGUGGCUAUCGGGCCGCGGAUUGGAACCUGGCGGAACCGACCUGGACCGGUCGCUUGCGUAUGGUAUCCAAGGGUAAAACGCUAGCCGUAAAACUGGAGGACAAGAACACCGGUGCUCUGUUUGCGAACUGCCCCAUCGAGGCGUACCCGGGGGUGGCGAUCGAGUCCGUGUCCGAUAGCUCCCGGUACUUUGUGCUGCGGAUACAGGACGAUAACGCCGUUUCAGGGAGAACCGCCUUCAUCGGACUCGGGUUCGGAGACCGGUCCGAUUCGUUCGACAUGAACGUCGCCCUGCAGGACCACUUCAAGUGGGUCAAGAACGAGGAACAGAUCGCCAAGGAAAAGGAGGAACCCCAGCAGCAGUUGGAUCUGGGCUUCAAGGAGGGUGAAACGAUCAAGAUCAAUAUGAAGAUUACGAAAAAGGACGGCUCGGAAGGUGGUUACCGGAGCGGGGGAGCUAAGAAAGUCGGAGGACUAGGACUGUUGCCACCACCGCCGGGAGGAAACAAAAUUGCACCACCACCGUCGGCUGCGUCUCCAUCGCAUCAACCCACUGCGGAUGCGGCUGGUUCCGCAGGGCAGUCCGACUGGGGAGAGUUCACUUCGGCUGGAGAAAAACCCCAAACGACGGCAACGACUCCUAGCCAAACGAACGCCAACUGGGUGCAGUUUUAAGUUUAUGCGAAUAAAUUAACUCAAAAUAUUCUUAACAACAACAACAAAAAAGAAAACAGAAGAACUUAUAACAUGUAACAACAAACAAACAAACAAACAAACAAAAACCAACCCAGAACCCAACUACUAACCACAUCCCCUAUUGUUGUUGCCGUUGACUACUUACUACAUGCUCCGUUUGUUUUUUUUUCUCUGUUAACAAUACCACACUUGUUGAUCAACAUCAACGAUCUCACGUAAACAAACGAACCCAAACCAAGCAAAAAAAAACCGGGAGGGAACGUUUGAAUAGAGAACCAAUCCACAAUCCUAAAAUAGUAUUCAUAUACAAUGUGCGCAAGGCUUCGUAGAAGGAAGAAGAGAAAAAAAUCAUUCAUUGUGAGCAACCCAUCUCAAAUCUCAGUAAAAUUUGACCAUACAUACCUAUAUCAAAAGCUGUAUUUAAAACGAAAAAAAAACAACUAUAAGUAAGAAGCUGUUUGAACAUAUUUAGGCAAUAACUAAGCAGAAAUUUACCCCGAGGAGUUGCGCAGUAUUUGGGAAAAAAAAAUGAAUGUUAUUACUCGAAAAAUGAAAAAAAAACUGUUACGCAUAUUAUCGUAGAAAGUAGGUAAAACUAGAAGGUUUAGUUUUUGAUUUUCGUUUGCUGACGAUCAAUAGUGGAGAUAACUGGGAAGACGACGAAGAAGAAAAAUGGUUUCCUUAUUGCAAAAAAAAAACCAAAACUGGAUGCUAAAGUUUCAUUUCAGCUAUACACAACUUAUAAAAACUGAUAUAGAAAUUAACGUAAGUGUUGGCAAACAAACCGAUAUCUAAUCCGUGUAGUUACAAUAUUGCAAACAAACCGGAAAACUGUGAACACUGGGAAGCAGACGAAUGAAUCUUGUAAUAUAUUAUUUUUUUGUGGGGUUAUAGAUUGAUCAUGGGACGCCGCAGAGACGACGACGGUAUUUUGAGUUCCGUUGCGUACGGCUACUAAAAGGUUCGCUGAGUUAGUUCUUUUUUAUGUAUAUUUAGCUUAAUUGAAGUUUAGCAACAUUAGAGUACGGGAAAAAAAAAAAGUACGGCGCGGAAAGUAAUGUAAGAAGUACUAUGAAAAUGAAUUGUCAAUAAAUUGUCUCGCAAAUGUUCGUAUAUUGUCGAAGCUAGUUGCGGUCUUUCGUUGUUUAGAAUAAUGUCAAAAACGGCAGAUCUGUAUUAUUGAUUAUGUUCUGUUGAAAUAUAGCGUUUUCUACGAAUAUUUAGACUUUCUCGAAGAAAUGUGGAAGCUGGCAAAAACUUCUGUGGCUUUUAUAACUCUUACCAUUUCACCUUUUCGUAGACGUUUUCGAUCGCAAACGAAUGCAUCAGCUGGUUUGUUAUGUACCUAUACAUAAUCAACUGGAUGCAUGGGAAUCAAGCGUUAUCUCAAGGUGGGAACGGUAAGAGUGAAAUAUGAGAUCAAAUAAAUUAAAAUCACUCUAGUUAAAAUGGAGAAAAAUUUCGCAUCACCUAGUAGGUAACCUGAAUAAAAAAAAUAAUACACCAUGCAAACUGAAUUUCAGUGGUAUGCAUGCUUUCCACUUAAUAUUUUAACCUUAUCCUAUCAUACGAACUUGAUACUUUGACUAACAUAACGAAAUUCUAAGAACACAUGAAGCGCCAUCUCUUGACAAAGACUCGUACUGGAUCAAAAUUUGAUGUUUCUUCGAGAAAAGAUGCCAAUUUGUAUAUCUAACCUAUGCAAUUGAAAUCUGCCGGUUGUAUGACACCGAUACUAAUACUGCUUCUGCUUAGUUCUCUGGGCUAUCAAAAAAACAUGAACCAACAACAGAAUAGAGAACACGUCCCUGAGUUUAUGCAAAAGUACAUAGCUUGCCACCAUUCCAUUAUUGUCCUGCGGACCGACCCAACUCUCCCCGACGAGAUCCAGAUAGCAAAAUGCGAAACCCUACAUUGCGAAUAGCUAAUCAACACUCACCUAUUAGAGCAGCAAGAAUGGAAGUAUUAGUACCCAAUAGAGGUUCAUCACCCUUUUCUUCACACGCAACCACACCCACAAACAGUAAGGUAGAAAAUGGUCAUAACAACUUAACACACACACAAACACAAACACCCAGUCUCUAGAGAGAAAAUGACUAAAACACAAGUAAAAGUAAAAUGGUGCAUAUAGAAACACAGACAAGUUUGCUGGACAACACGAAUAGAACUACAAAUGGUAGUACCUAGCAGCAUCAGCGCGCGUGAGCAACAACACUCGGAAAUAGAAGAAGGAAACCAACGUGAAUCAGAGUUUACAGGAGAACCAGAUAAUAUAUAUUAAACAAAACAAACAAAAAAAAACUAGACAUAAAGAAAAGCAUACUUAUGUAGAGAAAAAAAAAUGCAAC